AUGGAUCCAAUCAACGAAGCGAUUGAAGAAAUCAACUCCCUAGGACCAGGCGAAACUUUUACGUACACUGCAAUAGCAAAAAAAUAUGGUGUUCUACCACCUACAAGGGAGAUGGUACAAAAUUUCGCGUCAGCUAUAGCAAAGGAGCCAGUGAGCGAGAGCUGGGUUACCCGAUUUCUCACCCGCCAUGGGAUCUCUAUUACCCCCCGAUGGAGUACUGGAAUGGAUCGCGAUCGCCACCAUGCUGAUUUAGAGGAUAAAUAUCAACUAUUCUUUCAACUUCUAAUAGAGGUUAUUGAGAAAUACGAUAUAGAGCCACGUCACACGUACAAUAUGGAUGAGAAAGGCUUCCUUAUUAGGGUAAUUAGAAGAAGUAAAAGGAUCUUUAGUAAAGCAAUAUAGGACCAAAAGGAAGUUACAGCAGCCCUUUAAGAUGGUAAUAGAGAGUGGAUAACACUACAAGUAUAUGUUUAUGGUGAUAGAUCAGCUCUCCCUCCUACUCUGAUCUUUGCCUCUGCAAAUUCAGCCCUUCAAGCUUCUUAGGUAGAUGGAAUUCAGGCUAGAAAACACCAAGUUCACGUUAGCUCAUCUCCCUCUAGCUGGACCAACAAUGAUAUUAGCCUAGCGUGGCUUGAACAGGUGUUUAAUUGAUACACUAAGCAGAAAUCACGACAAUCCUAUUGGCUAUUAAUCCUUAACGGCCAUAGAUCCCACAUCACUAUGGAUUUCAUCAAGUUCUAUAAUUAGAAUCGAAUUCUCCUCCUAAUAUUCCCCCCUCAUUCAACCCACACGUUACAGCCACUAGAUGUGGUAAUAUUCAAGCCUCUAUCAUCUACCUAUUUAAAAUAGCUCACAAAAUACCUCUACAACG